AUGCGCGUUACUUUCUUUUCAGGCAGGGUGGUUUUACUGUGUAGAUCCAGUUCUCUCUAGUCUCUCUGUUCAUGGAUCAAGCUGAGCUGAACGCAACUGUUCAGAAGUGGCUGGAGUCUCUGCUGCAACCAACCACCAGCGAAGAUGCAUUUCCAAUUCCAGAUGACAUCAUUGCUGGUUCCCAGGACUUGGGGGUUGUGCUGGACAGACUGCGACAGGUCGUGAAACUGACAGAGAGGUCCAAGACGUCACUGCGUGCAGGAGGAACUCAUCUAUCAGUGCUGGCUCGAGGUCUAGCCUCCUAUCUCCAUGUCUCCCUGGACAGCAAGGAGGUGGACAGGAUAGGACGAGCCCUGAGUCAGCAGACAACUCGCUGGAUUCUCGACAUGAUGAAACUGCGUUCGAAGCAACUGACAGCUCUCUAUCAUGACAACUAUAAAGAUGGAAUCUUCAGAGCUGUGCAGAUGGCUCUAUGCAGGACCUACCACAGGUACUCAGUGGAUGGAGUAGCAGCCACCAGUGACAGGCCUCCAGUGAUCUAUGUGGGAGACUCUGGUCUGCCAAUAGACUGUCUCCACAUCUGUGCCAGGCUUGGUCUACCUCUAUCUACUGUCUGUGUUGUUCCUUGUGGUAAUGACAGGGGAUUUCCUAGUGUGAUGGACAUAUCGGUUCUGGAGAAGAAGCUGGUUGAGCACGAGGAUGCGGGGAAACAACCUCUCCUCAUUGUUGCCUAUGCUGUAUCCUCCCCUGGCUGGCCACAUGAGGUGCCUGCUGAGGCUCGUGAGGAGAUCGCUCCAAAGACUAUGAGAUGUGGCUACAUGUACAAGGCCAUGAUCGGUGCUUCUCUGUGUCUUCCUAUUGAAGAGCUCGAGUACAGAUAGCCAGACGCAGACAGUCUGACACUGUGCCUGGGACUGUGUUUUUGGUCUUCUCAGCACAGCCAUGGAUUACCCUACACACCACACCACCGUCAUGACAUUUAGACUCUGACCACAUCGGGGCCGUUUCCACAAGAGGACAGAGGGAACUGCUGGAGGAGGGAACCAUUCCUCUACCGGGAGUGGCUGGUCGCCAUGCAGCCGCAGGGACUUGCCCCUCCCUCCCUCCCUCUCUGGAUGAGUCUCCAUUUUCCUUGGUAGCAACCCUGAUAGAGACGGUCACCUACUGCAAAGCAAUUUGACGGAGCACGCUCGAAUGUAAGCCAGACCUGGAGGAGGUUCCUGUGUCCAGAGAAUUUUGUGAGUUCACCAAAUCACCAUAUUUAUACCACAUUCAAUUGCACAAUACUCCCAUGGGGUUGUCUCAGUCAGCUGUGGAUGGGAAAAGUUUUCUUUUAGAGCACACAGACACUCGCAUAAUGGCCUUGAUAUAAUCACGGAGUUCAAAAUCACCACCCACCAAAUAAAACGUCUGCUGGCUGAUUUAGUUUGGGCAUUAAUUCACCCAUCCCGACACGUAUGAACACAACACUUGCGCCCGGUUUUCCUAAUACUGGUUUGUUGGACUCAACUGGAUCU